AUGUCGAAACUCCCCAGCAAUACUGCGCUGUCGCCUGAUAACCCUAAUAUCAAAGCGUUGAAUGAUAAGCAUAUCUAUCAAUGGAUAACGGAGCUAGUAACAGGAAGUAACCGAGAGAGAGCUUUACUCGAGCUAGGAAAGAAAAGAGAACAAUAUGAUGACCUUGCCUUGGUUCUCUGGAAUUCGUUUGGAGUUAUGACCGCAUUGUUGGAAGAGAUCAUUUCGGUAUACCCGUUCUUGAAUCCACCUGUCUUGACGGCGUCAGUUUCAAAUAGAGUCUGCAACGCCCUCGCUCUAUUGCAGUGUGUUGCUUCAAAUGCACAAACCCGAGGCGCCUUUCUUCAUGCGAAUAUGCCACUAUAUCUUUAUCCAUUCCUAUCAACAAAUGCUAGGCAAAGGUCCUUCGAGUACUUACGGCUCACAAGUUUGGGGGUUAUAGGCGCUCUUGUUAAAAACGAUACACCCGAAGUUAUCAAUUUCCUCUUAACAACCGAGAUUGUUCCAUUGUGCCUCAAUAUAAUGGAGAUUUCAUCGGAGCUUUCAAAGACGGUGGCUAUAUUCAUCCUUCAGAAAAUUUUAUUGGAUGACCAAGGCCUUUCAUACAUUUGUACGACAUAUGAAAGGUUCCACACUGUUGCAUCUGUCUUAUCCAAGAUGAUAGAACAACUCAGUCAGUCUACUGUACCUUUGAAUUAUCUGGCAUCAGAAGGCCUGUCUCAGAAUGCCAUGUCCAUUCAGAACUCUCAGAAUACAUCCGGAAGCUCUGGCCGUUUGCUUAAGCAUUCAAGCUCGAAACGGCGUGCAUCGACGGUGUUCGGUUCGGUGGGCAAGCAAGGCUUAUUUCUUCCGACUGACUUCAUCAGUUAUGGAUCUGAUGAAUGGGCAUUUGAUGACGACCCAGAACGACCCCUUUUGGCAGGAUCUUUCGAUGCUUUGCAGCAGCAGCAGCAGCAGCAGCAGCAGCAUCAACCAGUAGAUUCUGAUGAACUUAUCGGUGAAGAGCGCGAAAUUUUGAGACGCCAUAGUUUUGAGGUUGACAAUCAUGAUGACGAUGACAUCGCAGAUACGUUUGAGGAUGCUGUGUUGCAAGGGGCGUUGGACAGUACAACCAGGUAUACAGAACUUGUCUCCUUGGUGCGUUCAUCUAUUCCACUUGUAUUUACUUUUCUUUUGCAGAAUUCGUUGUCUACAGUGUCUGUCUUUACCGUCGGACAUUUAGGAGCUGUUGAACUUGCUGCGGUAUCAAUGGGAUCAAUGACAGCGAACAUCACUGGCUAUGCCACCAUUCAAGGAAUUGCUACUGCAUUGGACACCUUGUGCCCACAGGCUUUUGGCGCCAAAAAGUAUCACCUUGUAGGUGAGUAUAUGCAAAAGUGUGUGGCUUUGAUAUGCGUUGUUAUGGCUCCACUUAUGGUCGUGUGGAUCUUUUUCGGCUAUGAGUUGAUAGUUUUGCUACUUCCGGAUAAAUCUACUGCAUUUCUUGCAGCGGUUUAUCUCAAAUAUAUAAGUUUUGGUAUACCCGCCUACAUCUUGUUUGAAUGUGGCAAGAGAUUUUUACAGGCCCAAGGGAUCUAUCACGUCGCUACGUAUGUCCUUUUACUUGCUGCGCCAUCUAACCUUGCAAUGAAUAUUUUGUUUGUGAAACUUUAUGGCUACUUGGGUGCGCCGAUUGCAGUUGCUAUAAAUUAUUGGUUGAUGGCGCUUGGCUUACUAGCCGCUACUUCAUUUUUGAACGAAAACAGUGGACAUUCAGGAGUACACCCCUUAGAUUGUUGGAACGGUUUCAAUUUACGGAAAUCUUUUCAGGAUUGGCCUAAGCUUGUCAGUUUGGCAGUUCCUGGUUGGGUUAUGUUAGAAGCAGAGUUCCUUGCAUUCGAAAUUUUGACCUUGAUGGCUUCAUACCUAGGAACUUAUGAGUUAGCAGCUCAGUCAAUCGGCUCGACAAUGGCUUCAUUGACCUACCAAGUUCCUUUUGCUAUGGGCAUAGCUGCUUCUACAAGAAUAGCAAAUUAUCUUGGUGCUGGAUUAGGUCACUGUGCUAAGGUUACAGGUGAAGUGGCGUUAGUCUUCGGCUUUUUUGUUUCACUCAUCAACUUUUUACUUUUGUACACCCUACAAACUCCUAUUGCAGUUUUGUUCACCAACGACGAGACUGUUAUAUCAUUACUUCACGAAAUUAUGUGGCUAGGCAAACAAUGA